AGCUGAACAGCGUGCGAUACGGCGGCGAUCCUCUGCUCAAUCGCCGGCCCUCCAAGGCGCGCCCGAUCCUGGCCGUCCAUCGCAUCAAUUCCCCAACCCCAUCGUCCCCGCCCCCGAGGGUUUAGGCGCGGCGAGCCCACCACCGCCACUCGCAGCCAAAGCCCCAGAGCGCCUCCCUUAUCGCCGCCGGCGACCGACCAUGGCGUCGAAGCACGGCAUCCUCCUAGCCGUCGGCAUCAUCUCCGACCACUUCGGCCCCCUCGUAUCAAAGGUGUGCGGCUGCCUCCUGCGCCACGGCGCGCUGUCGCUGCAGGAUAUCGUCCGCCGCCUCGAGCUCUCGCCGGGGCAGGUGAAGAACUCCCUCCUCGUCCUCAUCCAGCACAGCUGCGUCCAGGCCUUCUCGACCCCCAGAGGGGGCGGCAAUAAGACGGCGACGCUCUACUUGGCCUUAUUCAACAACGUCCUUCACCGGCUGCGCUUCUCAAAGUUCCUUUCUGUCAUCCGUGCGGAUGUUCCAGAGUCAGAAGCUCUUCUCGAAGGAUUACUUCAGAAUGGUAGGCUAACAUUUGAUCAACUUGUGGAGCGAACUAUCUCUAAAGUAGCAGAAGGAAACCUCCUACCAGCAAGGGAAGAAAUACGAAAGAACUUCAACAAACUUGUAUAUGCGCAUUAUGUGGAACGUUGCCCAAAAUCUGAACCUUUUUUCGAUCCACUUGUAGAUGAACAACCUACAUCCUCCAGGAAACGAGCUUCUAAAACUGUUGAGAAGGUUCUUUCACUUGAGCAGAAAGUUGUCUGUAAUGCAGCUCUAUCUGAUGCCGAGAGAUUUUCUGAGAUCCCAUACUUCAUGGAAGGGUCAUCGAAUGCAAAUAAUAAUGUUGUUGCUGGUGGUAAGCGGAAACAUGAAGCCUUAGAAGCAGAUGAAGAACAUUCAAUUGUGGCAGAGAAUGAAGUACUUUGGCGUGCAAAUUUUGAGAAAUUCAUAUUCUGUCUAAAGAAGAAGUUUUGUGCAGAACGAAAGAAAGCAAAGCUGAAGCUUGGCACACAUUCUAUAUGGGAAGCAUUUUUUGAGGCGAAUGUAACAGACAAUCACAACAAAUCUGUGACAUCACCAAUACAUGGUAUUUUGGAGAGACUAGGACAAAAGGAAGGAGGCACAUCAAUGACACUGGAUCAGGUAACAAAAGUCUUGAAGGAUUUAGAGUGUAUUUCUACCAGUGAGAACCCAGAAGAAUUCACAUUCGAUUUAAGCAAAUUUGUUGAGACAUGUCGAAAUGAUGAGAUAGAGUCUCUUGUGAAAAAGAAAUACGGGCAAGAAGCUUACAUAAUCUUUAGGUUAUUGAUCAAACAAGGCUGUCCAGUUGAGACAGAUGAAAUUACUGACGCGACGAUUCUUGACAAGCAGAUUGCUCAUGGAACUUUAUACAGACUUUGGAAGGACGAAUACAUAGAUUCAGAGAGAGUCCUUUCUGCAGCAGGAACAGGAAACACACCGUUUUUUGUGUGGAGAGUGAAAAAUACAGUUCGGGAACAGUUCAUCGAUCAUCUUUAUCAUGCUGCCUUGAACUUGCGCCAAAUGGUCAAUUACAUCGCUGGACUUCUACUCGAGGGUUCAAAGGAUGAAACCAAGCUUCGGAUCAGAAAGAACAUUUUGAUCCUAGCUCUCACUAGACAUGAUGAGUCCCUCAUGCUGUUCCAUGAUUUUUGAAAACCCUGGAACAGAUCGGCCUUUUUUAUGCAUUAUGUCGUAUGGUGUCGUUUUGGUAUUUUGAUGAUGUCAAAUACAAGGAAUAUUUUCCAUAGGGAAGUGGCCGGUCAACUAGGAUUUAAGAGCUGUGUUCGGACUUUCACAUGAGACAAAUGAAGGUGAUCUGGGUAAAUGCGUCAUGUCCACAAUCUCUUCCCGUGUGUUUCUUCGGGCGACCAGGAUAUUAGUUUCAGUCAAUUGAGGAUUGUAUUUACCAUAUUGAAUCUGGUUGACUCUGCAUAGGCAGCAUAGCUAAGGAAUAUGAAUAUUCUACAUUUCUUUUUCUCCUUUUUGCGAUGGUGUCGAUAUUCCUUUUGUUUGUUUGGUGGUGCCAAUUCAUUUAAGUUUUGUAUUGUGUUCA